AUGAUCUAUGCCUACUUGCCAUUGUUGAAAGGACCAACGCAGCAAAGGGUAGAUGCUCGUAUAUUAUCCAUUUCAACAGAUCAAGAGGUCACUCCAGAUUCGUGGGUAAUUCAAGCGGCCCAAGCUGAGGUUCUGAUUUUAAACCUUAAGACUACCGAAUUUACAUUGCCGAGAUUCAUUAGGGAAAUGAGAAACCUGAAAGUUCUCAUCCUGAUCAAUUAUGUGGAUCGCUGGUUCACUAAAUUCAAAAACUUCGAGCUGAUUAGUUUUCUACAGACUCUCAGGAGAAUCAGAUUGCAGCAGGUUUCAGUUCCAUGCCUCUGGGAAUCCAAGAACCUGCACAAGUUAACGCUUUACAUGUGUGAAGUGUCCGCAGCUUUUGAGAACAGUUCCAUGAAGUUCCCAAAUUUGGUAGAGCUGAACAUUGAGCAUUGCAAAGAUUUGGUGAAGCUGCCUGAUGGGCUUUGCGACAUUGAAACCCUAGAGAAGCUCAGCAUCAGUAAUUGCUCUAAGUUUAUGGAACUUCCGCAAGAAAUUGGAAAGCUGAAGAACUUGAUAUUACUACGGAUUAGUUACUGCGUGGAGAUCAAGGAACUACCAGAGUCAAUCACAGAGCUCGAGAGCCUAAGCUUUCUAGACAUAUGCUGCCUGAACAUCAAGAAGUUACCGGACAACAUCGGUGAGUUGAGGAGUCUAACGAAUUUGAACAUGUCGGAUUGCUCUAUAAGUAGUCUGCCUGACUCGGUGACGAGAUUGACGCAUUUAAAGAGGGUGACAUGCGAUGGAUAUACAUAUCAUCUUUGGGAAGUUAUCCAGGGUUUCAUAGACUUUGAACUCAAGGUUGAGACGGACAAGAGCGUUAACUUAAAUUGGCUUCGGGGUGACUUUGAAGGAGAUGACGAGGGUGGCAUAACCAUGAAAAUGGAUAGAGAUGAUUAUUCAUAA